AUGGAUAGACACAAAGAAAAAAUGAGAAAUUUUAUAUUAAGCAACAAUGAAAGAGAAAUAAUUGAGCUACUGCAGAAUGGUUUUGACCCGAAUUUUGAAAAUGGGUGGCCUAUAAGAUUAGCAGCCAGAUAUGGACUUCAUUCUAUAGUUAAAUUAUUCAUCCAGUUUGGUGCUAAUCCACACGCAUUAAGUGAAGCAGGAGCGUCAACUUUGCAGCUGGCCGUGUAUUCUGGUUUGCAGUGGGACACGGAUGGCUGGACGGAUUUAUUAUCAUGUUGCGAUUCAUCUCAAUUGGCCGAUGGUGCUGCUGUUGCUAUUAUUUUCAAUAAUGUAGCAGCUUUAUCUAAAAUUAUCCAAACAGGACGAUGCAAUACAAAUAUACCUACAACACUGACAGGU